GCUGCUAAGAACAAACAUGUACAAAUAAUUAUCAUGUUGCUUCUAUUAUCAAUGUGUGGUAGACACCUCUUCAAUGGGAUAAGACUGCCAUGUUCUUUUAGCUGUAGUCAGAUUGAUUCACAUCAUGUUAAAAUCUUUGAGGAUGUCUUGUUUGAGUAUUACAAUGAUUCUGAAGCAGCGGAGAAAACUAUGCUGAUGAUAUCCUAAUUCUUUCUUGAUCGGUGUAUCGAUUUCAAACAUUAUACUGAUGAAGACUUCUCUAUAUUGUUUGUAGCUGCAUCACUUGGUCUCAAAGACUUGAUUGGUAGGUUAGUCACAGAGAAGAAAGCAGACCUGAAUAUUAAGGGCUUCUGUGGCUUGUCUAUUCUCCACUUUGCCUGCUUUGGAGGACAUGUACUACUUGUGGAGAGUCUAAUUAUUUCAGAACAUGUUAUUGACCUUUCUGUGAAAGACAAAUAUGGGCACUCAGUUUUGCAUUAUGCUGCAAUAAAUAUGCUGCAAUAAAUAAAGGUUCCAUAUACAUGCACUGGUGGCUGUUUAAAGCUAAUGGACAAACUGAUCAUGGAAUAUGACCUCAAUCCCGCAGAUUUAGAUAACGAUAGUAACACAGCUCUACAUAUUGCAGCCAUGAAAGGACACGUAGAAACAGUGAGACACCUGAUCAGUAAGCACAGUGCUGAUAUUUACACCACUAAUAAUAAGAAAAAUACUCCAUUGAUGCUAGCUUUACUUAGUGGUCAUGCCCAUGUUUUGGAUGCCUUAGUCAAAGAAUUCAACAGCAGUUGUCAUGUUCGAAAUUACAGUGAUCGUACUCUUCUUCACCAAGCAUGUGAUCGUGGCCAUAUAAAACUUAUAGACAAACUGGUAAUGGAAUAUGGCCUCAGUCCCAAAGAUAGAAAUUGUAAAGGAUACACACCUCUACAUAUUGCAGCUUCGAAAGGACAUGUUGAAACAGUGAAACACCUGAUCAGAAAUCACAAAAUUGAAACCAAUAUCACUAGAAAACAAUAA